AUGGGUCACUUGGAUUGCAAAAGUGGUGUCGCUCCUUGUCAUUCCAUUGAAGACAAAGACAUCGAGAUGUUCUGCCCUGACAUGCCCCCUGCUCAAAUUGAGCAGAUCAAUGCUAUGGACAUAGAGGCAGCCGAAGAGCAAGUGGAUGAUGAGAAUGCAGCUGAGGAAGAUGAUGUUAAUGAGGGCGCAUCUGAUGAGGUGACGGCAGAUGUUGCGAAGCAAGCAGCUGGAGCUGUUGAACAGAGUGGAGUCACCUGUCGGAGUUCUGCAGAUGCUUAUGAUGGUCGUCCUACGUCUCCCUUAGGACGCUUUUAUCGGUCAUGUGUCUCUCUUAAGAUGCUUUAG